GAUUAACAUUUUAUAAUUCUCUUCGGGCCGGUGAUAAAACGUCUUAAUUCGCAAUUUUAAUAGAUAGUCUUUCAAAUAUGUAUCGUUUAAUUCUACGUUCAAUUUGUAGACCUGGUGCCAUUCGUCAAAGUAAUAUGGGGGUCUUUACCUUAUGCGUAACACAAGCGCAAAAUUUUACUUAUUUUCAACAUUUUGGGCCGAAACCUCCAAAUAGAAAACUUCUAGACGGAAAGAAGUUCCAUUCUCCACUAUGUCAAUGUGAAAAUCGCCGCAAUAUGUUUAUUCAAACACAAGACACACCCAAUCCUGAUAGUCUCAAAUUUUUGCCUGGUUUAGAUGUACUUGGCAAGGGUAAUACCUACGAUUUCCCCAGUGUUUCUGCUGCUUAUUGUAGUCCCUUAGGUAAAUUAAUUGGUUGAUCAUAUUAACUUAGGUUCGAAACUAAUUUAUUGU